CACCUACAUGACACCUACCGAGUCUGGUUGCCAUAUGAUGUUUCCUUCGUGAAAUGUAAAUAUUUUUUUUUUGAUUACGUCACCAUAUUUUUGCCUCUAUUGACGUCAUCGAUGACGUCAUAAGUCACAUGACCAAAGUUUUGCACCUCCCUUGACACAUACAUGACACCUGCCAAGUUUGGUCGUCAUACGAUGCUUUUAAGGGACGGAAGGAGGGACAUCGCGUCACAAAAUCUCGAGUCGAUGAUGGGAUACCAAUAUUUGUUACCAUAUUUGUUUUGUAUACCACUUUUUCUUAGGCCCUGGCCAAACGAGGACACAUGUUGUCGGAAACAUUGAGGAAACAUGUUUCCUAAAUGUUUCCGCGGGUGGCCAAACGGACAAGAAACAUCGGGAAACAUGUUUCCUCUGCAGCGCCACGCGCACUGUCCACGUCAAUUACAGAGCUCCGUAAAUAUCGAAAAGGCAGACCCGUAGAUUAACUUUGAUCAAUUCUAAGUUGAAAAUAAUGUUCUGUAUACACAAGGCAAUCACGCGAGCUUCUUGGGAGUAGUUUUCUACGGCAACAACGAUAAAAAAAUUUGAUUGAAAAUAAAAUUCAAAAACAGCGCGCGCUCAUUUGAAAUGACGCUAUUCCUUAGCGCGCGCGUGAAAAUAAAGAAACAUGAAAAACAUUUUUGCUUAAAAUUUGCUCCAUUCUUUAUUUCUUAUCUGUCAAGUUACCAGAGAAAAUUGAAAAUUUAAUUGUCUUUGCACUAUUAUAUUGUUUAAGACAUUAUUCCGAACUUAAUAAUAUCUCUUGUUUGUUGGAUAUGUCCCAUAAACAUUUCCUAUAUUCGUAAGACACAAUCAAACGCUCUAUUUCGUCUGUCCAGAGCCUUUCCUAUUUCUUUGGUCUUUUCUGCACAACAACGACAUCUUCGUGCGCCAUUUUGAUUUGGUACACCGCGAGUGUUGCCAGGCAACGAGCGUAGCAAAUGUUGCCUUGCGUGGCCAAUGAGGAUACAUUCGGGAAACAAUGUUUCCACGCGCUUGGAAACAUGAAAUGUUUCUCCCUCGCUGUGGAAACAUUUUUUGUGUCCUGGACACAAAAUUUGUGUCGCGCAACAAUGUUUUCGUGGUGGCCAAACUGGGAAACAUUGAGGAAAAAUGCGCGCGGACAACAUGUUUCCGGCAACAUAUGUCCUCGUUUGGCCAGGGCCUUAGGUAUGGGGCUCCGCUUUAAGAUAUUUAGGAUAUCUGAGGUUCCGUCUUUCUUCGCAAAAAAUAUUGGCCUUUAAACAAAAAUUGAUAUUCUUCUAAAAAAAUAUUUUGCCCGGCCUGCUAUCUUUGGUAAUCCAACAUAAUGGAACUCAUGGUAAUCGAACAUUUUAUCAAAUAAAAUCGAAACUUUAAAUCAAUUGGAAGUUCCGAUCAUGAUUUGAGUGUAUUUUUUGAAAUAUAUAUUUUAUUUAACGAGCGCAAUUGAACAAUUGAAUAUUCGAUUGGUUUUUUGAGUUCGAUUGAGCUCGGAAAAUUUUUGUUUCGAUUAUGUACGAUUGUCGAACCUAGCAAUCGCGAAUCAAUAGUACGAAUAGUUCGGUCGGCAUUUUGUUGGGAUUUUUUUUUUUAUCAGACAGGGAUUCUGUGGGAUCUUAUCAGAAAUCCCGGUGAUUCUGGUUAUAUUUUGUAAAUGAUCCAUCCCAAUUUCCGGAAAAGGCGGUAUUGCUUGAGAGGUGGUCUACUUUGACCAGAAAUUCCGGAAAUCGCGUACCCCGUGGCUCCAAGCGGUCAAUAUGACAGACAAUAUGACGGACAAUAUGACGGACAAUAUGGCGGACCAAGGACCAUACUGGUUGUGCGGGCAAUGUCUGACUUUUAGUUUGAAAUCGUGAUUAAAACAAUCUCAAAUUACAGUGAAUACCCACGACCUAGUGGGUACAGGAGCAAAUGAUGCACGUUACCCCGGAAAAAUAGGGACCUCUUUUCGGAAUUUCCUAACUGGUAAACAUCCCCCGUGUCCUAAUGCAACUCCGGUGCAUUAUGGGAAUCAUGAGCCCAUGGUCCAAGGUGACAGCGUGAUCGUUACCGGUAUGUCUCCAGGCAUCACUGUACACUGGUAAAACAGGUUUCUGCGGGUGGCGUAAAUGUUCCUCUUCUCGCGAACAGAUAUUCUCAUCUCGUCGAGAUAGAGUCCCUACGCGUGUGAUACUUAAGACAGGGGUUAUUAACCCCAUUACAGAGCAUUUCACGAGAAUGACAGCAUCGGAAAAUCAAUCUGAUGGUAAUAACCAGUCAAAGGUUGAAGACACAGAUGCUCGAGGGGAAAAAAUUGACGAAGAAACUGGAAGCGAUAGUUCGGACAAAAAGUCAAACUUAAGAAGCAAACUAGCGGGAGAAUUUCGUAUUGACACUAAGCUGCUAUCUUAUAAGGCUUUCUACUUUUUAUUUUUCGGUGGAUUUGGUUCUUCGUUUCCUUAUAUGUCGUUGUACUUUCGACAAAUUGGACUUAACGCCAGCCUUGUGGGGCUAUUAGCUGGGAUUCGACCUCUAAUACAGUUUGCAAGUGCUCCUUUCUGGUCGGUGAUAUCCGAUAAGUUCAAGGCGCGGAAAGCAGUGCUUCUUUUUUCAAUUGUUGCUUGGAUUGUUAUGACUUUGGCUCUCUUGCUUCCACAGCCAAGAAAUACGGUCUGUAGGGAGGUUAAGCUUCCCAUUGCAGCCGGCGGGCGUGGCAGGUCUGAUAUUCCUGAGCCUGAAUUAGAAACUGAAUACUUUCAAGAUGAGCCUAAACUAGUAAAAAGUAACAAUGGACAGUUUGAAAUAGUUAGCAAAACGGGUAACAGAUGGAGAGUUACAAGGACAGUGAACACGUCAAAAGACGCGGGAUUUCUUGGUGGAAACGACACUAAAUCUCGGCAUUUCGAGUUGAUCCGUGAUCCUCACGAGAUACACAAAGUCUUUAUGUGGCUUAUGAUCCUUGUGGUCGGAGGCGAAUUUCUUGAGGCCCCGACUUUCAUACUUGCAGACACGGCACUGCUGCAAAAGCUUCAGGAAAAAAGGAAACACUACGGGAAAACGAGGUUGUUUGGCUCACUUGGUUAUGCGACGGCUUCUUUCAUCGUUGGCGCAGUCCUUGAAACAACUCGCUUCCAAUACUGCGGAGAAACGCACAACGAUUAUAAAUAUCUGUUCUACAUUUUUGCGGGAGUGAUGCUGCUCGCGCUCUUAUUUGCAGCAGUUCUUUUCGAAUUUACCUACGAGGACGAUGGAAAUGAUGGAAAAGUGGACGAAUGCGCCGUGUGGAAAAUCCUUCUUCAACCAAAGUACGCUUUUUUCAUGACAAUUGCCUGGUUUUUGGGCUUCAGUAAUGGACUUAUUUUUAACUUUUUAAACUGGUAUCUAGAAGAUUUGGGAGCUAGUAAACUUCUCAUGGGCUCAGCGACGACAAUGCGGGCCGCGGGCCUACUAAUUGCGUUUUUCGUAAACUCUUACCUAACUGAUAGACUUGGUCACAUUUGCGUGUCGUUUCUCUCUAUACUGAGCUACUUUUCCCUGUUUGUAUGGCUAGCCGUGAUGCGUAACCCGUGGCUUGCUUUCCCUUUGGAAUUCCUUGAGGGUCUGACGUAUGGUACGUCUUGGUCUACCUGUGUUACGUACAUGGCGGAUGCCACGCCUAUGAGUGGGGCUGCCACUAUGCAAGGUAUUCUUCAGGGCGUGUACUGGGGACUAGGAGGAGGACUGGGAGCUAUUCUAGGAGGAGUAGUCAUUGACGAAUAUGGCGCCGUCCCAUCAUUCUACGCGGGCGGAGUGCUGUCGUUUGCAUUGCUAAUUGCAAUGUCUGUAAUUCAUGUCUGCAUGGAGAAGAAACGGAAAGACGUCAAACGAGAGUGGACUCCAAUUCCAUUCGAGGAAGAAAAAUAAUGCUGCUCGUAGCCAAUCCACACGCCUGAACCAUACGCUAAUAAACCAAACUUUAAAAGCGACUGCCUCUUUCCAAGCUUCUCUCCAGCUUUGCUUUUUAAUACUUCUCUUUCUCGCUUUUAAGCUCUGUUUUAAAACUUAAUGGCUUGUCUUUUGUAAACUGACACUUCUAUAACUCUAUAUAUCUCAAUUACUACAAAACUUCUUCUAGGGCCUAAAGGCUACAACUCGAGUCGUGUAAAUCAGCCUACGACUCUGCUACUCAACUACAAGAAUCUUAGGGGUCGUUCACACUAACACGGAUUCAAAAGUAUCCGGAUUUGUUUCGCCGAAAACGCAUCACUUGAUUCGCGUCCACACUAUCGUUUUCGCAUCGUGUUCGCCUGGAUCCAGCCGUCCACUCUAACAACACGGAUUCAAACGUUUGGAAACGCUGAAAGGUACAGGGUGACGUCAUUUUUAUGAUAUGCGCAUGCUCAAAGCAGCGCUCGCCUGCGAUAUGACGUUAUCGUUUUCAUUUUGAUACGGAUUCGACCGUCCACACUACGGACAAAAUUAUACGGAUUCAUUUUGAUUCACUUUCGACGGCGUUUUCAAAAGUAUCCGGAUUCGCUGGAUCCGACCUCCGUGCUAGUGUGGACGGAAGGCCUAAACGUAUCAAAAAGUAUGCGGUUUCAAACGAAUCCGUGUUAGUGUGGACGCCCCCUUUAUUCAGUGCGAAAGUGUGUAAUUCAGGGCUUAGCCAUGUCGUAGGCAUGUCGCAUACGUUUAUUUCGUACUGUCUUAAUCAGCCUUAAUACAUUCGCUUACUUCUAUCGCCUGUGGAGCUAUAUUUGGCCCCAAGCGACCUCAAAGUACGCCGGGUCUUCAAGCAGGCUGCAAGACCUAUGAUGCAAUCUCCCUCAAGAAUCUGUAUGAACUGCGGCGUUUUACUUGAUAAUUUUAUAGGGGAAUUGCGCUAAUAGAUCAAGUGACUUUUUGGAUGGCAAACUAGCUCGCGUUCAGGCUUUUAGCGGCAAAAUUAUUCAGCGCUUAGGAAAAAAGCCAGAAUUUCCCUUUCCAUUCGUCGUUCUCUGAUGUGACGGGCGCAGUCAUUUCUUUGACUUUGAUUAUUUUGGUUUGAAUUUGCCACCCAAAAAGUCACGAGAUCUCUUAGCGCAAGUCCCCUAUUGUAUAAUAAAACAUAGUUUAACACAAAAGUCUCACUCUCUUUACUCUUGUACUCAAGAUGAAUUGUUUGAGUUUCAUAGUUUAUUUUUCACAAAAAUAAAUGAUGACUGGAGUA